AUGAAACGGGCGGGAGCGGAGCCCGGGAACCUGGCUGGGGGGCGGGGGGGGGAACCCGGGAAUCUGCUUUCUGCCCCAGAGUUUGUUUUUGAGCAUGGCUACCAAACCUACCUGCCCAGCGAGAGCACGGAGCCUCCAGCUGCUGCUGUGGUCUCCACACCCCCAAAAGCAAGGUCCAAGAAACCCUCCUCCUCAGUGCCCCUGAAGAAACUCAGCUGCCUGUACCCAGGGUGCCAGUUCAAGACUUCCUAUGGUAUGAAGGAUCUGGAACGUCAUCGGCGAACGCACACAGGAGACAAGCCCCACAAGUGCGAGGUGUGCAGCAAGUGCUUCAGCCGCAAGGACAAGCUGAAGAUGCACAUGCGCUCGCACACGGGCGUGAAGCCCUACAAGUGCAAGCACUGCGAGUACGCGGCGGCCGACAGCAGCAGCCUCAACAAGCACCAGCGCAUCCACUCCAACGAGCGCCCCUUCAAGUGCCAGAUCUGCCCCUACGCCAGCCGCAACUCCAGCCAGCUCACCGUGCACCUGCGCUCGCACACAGGAGAUGCCCCUUUCCAGUGCCAGGUGUGCCCCGCCAAGUUCAAGAUCAACUCGGACCUGAAGCGGCACCUGCGGGUGCACUCGGGGGAGAAGCCCUACAAGUGCGAGUUCUGCGAGGUGCGCUGCGCCAUGAAGGGCAACCUGAAAUCCCACGUGCGCAUCAAGCACAGCAUGGAGAACACCCUCAAGUGCCCCGAGUGCGACUUCCAGUGCGGCAACAAGACCAGCCUGAGGCACCACAUCCGCAGCCACCAGCCCGAGCAGCCCGUCAAGUGCUCCGAGUGCAGCUACUCGUGCUCCAGCAAGGCGGCCCUCAAGGUGCACGAGCGCAUCCACGGCAAGGAGCGCCCCUUCAAGUGUGACUUCUGCAGCUUCGACACCAAGCAGCGCAGCAACCUCACCACCCACGUCCGCAAGGCCCACGGCGACAAGGCCAAGGGCAGGAAGCACUCGCUGGACAAGAAGGAAGGAGAGAGGCCAAAGCAGGGCGGCUCCAGGCAGGUUGCCAAGCUGGACGCCAAGAAGGCCUUUAAGUGUGACCUGUGCGACGCGUCCUUCGUGCGGGAGGACUCUCUGCGCAGCCACAAGAAGCAGCACAGCCUGUACAACGGCUCCAAGGGCAGCGAGCUGGCCGUGCUGCAGCUCCAGAUGGAUCCCAGCCGCCAGCCCAGCGCCCCCAUCACCGUCAGUCACCUCCAGGUGCCGCUUCAGGCCGCUCAGGUGGCCCCGUACAACGAGGGCAGAGUCAAGAUCAUCGUGGGCCACCAGGUGCCUCAGGCCAACAGCAUCGUGCAGGCCGCCUCUGUGAACGUGGUGCCCCCGGGGCUGCUGGGCACGGGGCAGGAGGAGGUGCUGGGCAGCGGCCGCCUGCAGCUGCUGGGCCAGGUCAGCGUGCUGGCCCCGGCCCCGGCCGCAGUGACCGCGGGGGACGCGGGGCCGGUGGCGGAGCCGGCCGUGCUGCUGACCACCCAGGAGCAGGGCGAGGGCAGCGCCCUGCACCAGGCCCUGCUCCCCGGGGCUGCCCCCGGGCACGAGCCCCCCGCCAGCCAGGCCUUCAUCGCCAGCUCCGGCAUCAGCUGCUCCGACCUGGAGGGGCUCAACGCCCUCAUCCAGGAGGGGGCCACGGAGGUGACCGUGGUCAGUGACGGCGGGCAGAGCAUCACCGUGUCCACGGCUGCUCCUCCUCCCCCCAUCUUCUCGUCCUCCUCCCACACUGAGGGCCCCAAGCAGAGCUAUUCCAUCAUCCAGAGUGGGGCUCACACGGCACUGCUGUGUCCCGCAGACUCCAUCCCCGAUUAGGGGCUGCUCUGGACACAGGGGCUGCUCAGGACACAGGGGCUGCUCUGGACACAGGGGCUGCUCUGGGCACAGGGGCUGCUCUGGACACAGGGGCUGCUCUGGGCACAGGGGCUGCUCUGGGCACUGCUCUCUCCUGGAGCACUGCUGAGCCUGCCAGGAACGCACAGCACACAACUGAACUCAGGAUUUGUCCUCCAGAGCCAAAUACCUUCCACGCUGUGUUUGUCUGUACACUGAAGCAUCUUGUGUGGGGAGGAGGAGGUGUUUGUAUUUCUGUGCCUCUGCUGCAGCCAGAGGCCCUGCUCCUUGGAAAGCAGCUGUUGCCAGUGUCCCCAAGCAGUGACACCCCAGUCUGGCUCCUGCCCUGUGCUGCCUGAAGAGGAGAUCCUCCCCUUGUGCUGAAUUACCUCCACAGCAGCCUUGUUUGAUGCACACAUGAAAAGACAAUGACCUGAGAAGUUAGGUGGACUGAGGUCUCUCAGUUCUGUGUCCUGUGUGCAUUCCCUGCUCUGGCUGGGCUCUGGGGAGCCCCACUGCUGGCUCUGCUCCAGCCCAGGUGAAGUGUGAGGGGCUGCUCCCCAGUAUCUGUAGAAAUCAGUAGCACCUGGUGCUUGAAAUGCUCCUGCAGAGAGCAGGUGAUUGUUUUCAGAAAGUAAAAGAAUGUUGUCCCUCUCUCAGUAGUAACUAACUCUGUUAGCAUCAACACAAAUCGUCUCUGGCAUGGUGAUGGCUGUCAGAGGUGCCUGUGAAUUAAAGAGCAAAACAACUGGAAAUAUAUUUUUUACAAACACUA